AUGAUGGCGGAAACAACGAGUGUAUCAGGAACCGUAACUCGUACAUCAAAACCACUUGAUACAGUACAUCCUCAUUAUUUUAAUUCAUUUCAAAAUUAUUGUUGUGGUCCAAAAGCUAAAUCAGCUUCAUCACCAUCAAAUAAAGAAUUUUUACCUAUUCCUGAAAAAUAUAAGCAACGAGCUGAUCAAAUAUUAAGUUUUAUCAAUCAAAUUCUUAUUGAACAUCUGUCAGAACUCACACAAUUGACGAGUGUUUUACCGCAUAAAUACUUUGAACAAGAUUCUAUGACAGAUUGUCAACGAUAUCUAAUUGAUCGUACAAUGUUAAAAGUGAUGAAUGAAACUCGAGUUAUUAAUUGGGUACCAUCAUUAAAAAAACUCUAUCCAAUUCGAACAUCAGGCAAUGGUAAUUGUCUUCUUCAUGCUGUACUUAUUGCUAUGGUUGGUGUACAUGAUUUUAAUUUAUAUUUACGUGAUCGACUUCUUCAAUUUAUGGAUAAAAAUAAAGCCGUACUUAAAGGAAGUUGGAAAACUGAACGACUAAAAACUGAUAAAAUGUAUGGCAUACAAUCUGAAGAUUCUAAACUUGAUAGUGAAUGGGAAGAAUUAUGUGAUCUUGUUCGAUAUGAAAGUUCAGAUGAUGGACAAACAGCAUCGAAUUUACAAUUUCUUGAAGGUGUACAUAUUUUUUCUAUAUCAAAUAUGCUUGCACGACCAAUUAUUAUUUUAUCGGAAGAUGUUGUACGAAAUAAACAUGGUGAAGCUAUAUCAUAUAAUGAUUUAUUUGGUAUUUAUUUACCUAUACUUUCAAAACCAAAAGAUUGUGUUCCUGUACCAAUCGUAUUAGCAUAUGAUCAAUCACAUUUUUGUCCAUUACAAACUGAUGAUAGAAUUACAGGAUUAAAAUCAGAUAAUUUUCUUCCACUUUAUCAAUCAAUUGAACAUACUCGAAAUCAAACUUUAUUACCGAUACGAUUUUUAGGUAAUGAUAAUAAUAUCGAGCAAAAUACUAAAUUACUUCACAGUUAUUUACGUAUUAAAAAAUUAUCUUGUUAUCCGGAUACAAAUGGUACACCAUUACCUAUUCUAUGUGCUGAAUUAGGUAAUAGAAUAUUGCCAGAGAAAGAAGAUUUUUUUCUUCUUUAUUAUCAUUAUGUUAUGGAUUGUUUUGAUAUGCAAAAGAAAAAAAUACAAGAAGAAGAAGAUAAACAAAGACUUGAACAAGAAUAUUAUAUUCCUAAUCAAUCAUCAUAUGAGACUAAUCAACGAUCAUUAAUGAAAAGAGAUAAUUCAUCUACACCACCACCACCAUAUUCAUCAAUAUCAACUAGAUUAAAUGAUAAUAAAAAUAUUCCUAGUUAUGAGCGACGACCAUCAUAUGAUCUAGCUGUAACUAAUGGAGCAACAAAUGUACUAUCGAAUGAUGGAAAUCGUUCGAUUAAUCAAUAUUCAGAACAACAACAACAACAACAACAACAACAUCAGCAACAAUUACAAAAACUACAAAAUCACAUACAAAUACCACAACGUAGUCAAGUAACUCAUGAUAAUCAUUACAAUAAUGGGAAACAAUUACUAUAUAAAAGUGAAUGGGAAUCUAAUGAUGAUGUUUCAAUACCUAAUGGUAAAAACAUAAGCAAUAGUAACAAUAAUCCACGAGGAAGUGAUUCAAAAUUGAAACAAGAACAACAAUAUCAACGUUUUAUUCAAAUUCCUGUUAAUGUUAUAAAAUCCGACUCAUCAUCAAUGAACUUGAUCGAUUUCGAACAGAAAACAGAUAAAAUUCGUCCAUGUAUUGUUUGUAAACAUUAUUUCAACGAUUUAUUAUCAACUGGUUUAUGUUCUGAAUGUGAUUAUAAUAGAAAACAUCCUCUUCCACGUCAUGUUACAACUUUACGAUCUUCACCAAUGAAUAUUUAUUCAACAUCAUAUAAAAACUCUGAUUUUAUUAGUCCACUACAAUCAUCGCCUAAAAUAAAAGGUCCACAUAAAAUUUUUUGUCAACAAUGUCGCUCUCUAAAUAUACUUAAUGGUAUUAAACAUGGAACAAAUCAUUCUUGUUCAAUAUGCAAAACUAUUUUAAAUGUUCCACGCUGA